CAAACUGUCAUCCAUCCGCAUCACCUCACCGGUAUAAAGGCGCGCCCCUCCCCUCGCCGCCCCGCGUCGGAUGCCGCCGCCGCGACCGCGACCGCCAUGGCGUACCGCCGGAAGCCGCAGCCUCCGCAGACGCCGCCGUCCUUGGACCACCACCACCACCACCACACCCCCUCCGUGGGCCCCUCGUCCCCGCCGCAGGACUCCCUCGCCGCGCAGGCCAUGCGCGCCUCCGCCGCGCACCGCGACGCCUCCUCCCUCUCCUCGGCCUACUCCUCCUCCUCCGCCUCCGCGGCCGCCGCCGCCGCCGCGGCUCGCCGGGGCCACCACGAGCCCUCCGUCUCCACGCCUUCCCCCGGUUCUUCGGGUUAUGAAUACACAUCCAUGAAGAACUUGAAUGAGGCUAAGUACGGAUUUUGGGGGGCCCUUGCUCGGAAAGCCAAGUCUUUUCUGGACGAGGAUGGUUCACCAGGGCAGUAUGAUUCCCCGGCGAGGCAGCAGCCGUCAAGAGAUGCGCCGCCGGUUGGUGUCCAGUAUACACGCUCACAACAACCACCGUCUGAAACAUGGAAAUCCGAGACACCUCCAUCUCAUAAGAGGUCCGAGGCCAUAGCUUCCUCCCUCAACUAUAUUGGUGGCACAAUAAAAAGUGCACUUGAAGAAGGCCGGACGAUUGUAGAAAAUAAAACAGCCGACAUUAUUCAUGAAACACGCAAAUUGAACAUAAGAAGAAAAGGAGCUGGCUCAACUACACAAGGAGAAGCUCCACAAAGAUUUACUCAAAGGAAUCUUCCACAAAAUCCACUUGACUACGAAACUCAAUUGAAGGCAUCUCGCGACGUUGCAAAUGCCAUGGCAGCAAAAGCAAAGCUGCUAUUACGUGAGCUGAAGACUGUGAAGGCCGAUUUAGCUUUUGCAAAGGAACGUUGCGCUCAGCUUGAAGAUGAAAAUAAGAUUUUGCGGGAAAGUCACGAUAAGGGUGAUAACCCUGAAGAUGAUGAUCUGAUCCGCCUCCAACUAGAGACACUAUUAGCUGAGAAGGCACGGCUCGCACAUGAGAAUUCGGUGUACGCUCGAGAGAAUAGAUUCCUACGAGAAAUUGUUGAGUACCACCAACUUACUAUGCAGGAUGUUAUAUAUGUGGAUGAAGGCAUUGAAGAGGUCACUGAGGUCUACCCUACACAAGUAUUACCACCUGCACCUUCUCGGGCUGGUUCAGGCCUUGGUCGCUCUGUAACCCCAGCUACUCCCAAGACUGCCAGCUCAUCACCUUCAUCAACAUCCAUUGUUGUACCAGAAACUUGUCCGGUCGUUCCAGCCUCCCCAAAGUCGCUUUCUCGGACUUCAUCUAAGCAAUAGAUCAAGCCCGGCACCACCAACCAUGCUGAAGAUUAAAAGGUGGUUAGUGGUGCGAUACAAUCCGGAUGCCAUUGCAAAUGUAAAACCAAAGCUGCGCCGUUGCUGUGCCCUGUAUGUUAGUCUCUGAUGAGUUGUGUCCUGGAAAUGUGCGGACAAAUGAUGUUCAUGCCUGAGAUGUUUGUAUGAUCCGGUGUAACUUACACAGUAUUUAUAAUUUUACUGCAUCAUCGAUUUGGUACUG